AGGUGCAGCAUCACCGAGGGUCUGAGUGUCUGAACUCGGGUCUGUGAGCGCGUUUUAUCUGAGGUUCAGUGGGCCGUGUCGGAUCCCGAUCCUGGUCCUGUAUCUCUGUGCGAGUGGGCGGCGUCGGACGAGAUGACCCUGAAUGGCUGCGGCAGCGGAGCGGGCGGGAGCCGUGGUGGGGGCCGGGAGCGCGAGCGCCGUCGGGGCAGCACUCCCUGGGGCCCGGCGCCACCGCUGCACCGUCGAAGCAUGCCGGUGGACGAGCGCGACCUGCAGGCGGCGCUGGCCCCAGGCGCCCUGGCAGCUACCGCGGCCGCGACCGCGACCCAGGGUCCGAGGCUUUACUGGCCCGAGGGCUCCUCCGACUCGCUCAGCUCGGGAGGCAGCGGCUCAGAUGAGAGCGUUUACAAGGUGCUGCUGCUGGGAGCGCCUGGCGUGGGCAAGAGUGCUCUGGCGCGCAUCUUCGGUGGUGUAGAGGAUGGGCCUGAUGCAGAGGCCGCAGGACACACAUAUGAUCGCUCCAUCAUGGUGGACGGAGAAGAAGCAUCACUCAUGGUCUAUGACAUUUGGGAGCAGGAUGGGGGCCGCUGGCUGCCUGGCCACUGCAUGGCCAUGGGGGAUGCAUAUGUCAUCGUGUACUCAAUAACUGACAAGGGCAGCUUUGAGAAGGCCUCAGAACUUCGUCAGCUGCGGAGGGCACGGCAGUCAGACGACGUGCCCAUCAUCCUUGUGGGCAACAAAAGUGACUUGGUGCGCUCUCGUGAGGUCUCCGUGGAUGAGGGCCGGGCCUGCGCCGUGGUCUUUGACUGCAAGUUCAUAGAGACGUCAGCAGCACUGCACCACAACGUCCAGGCACUGUUUGAGGGUGUUGUGCGUCAGAUACGCCUGCGCAGAGACAGCAAAGAGGACAAUGCAAGAAGGCAAGCUGGUACCCGGCGGCGGGAGAGCCUCGGCAAGAAGGCAAAGCGCUUCCUGGGUCGCAUUGUAGCCCGCAACAGCCGCAAGAUGGCCUUCCGUGCCAAGUCCAAGUCCUGCCAUGACCUGUCAGUUCUCUAAGGCCCUGCGGGCUCCCACUGCAGUGGGCAGAUAGAUGGAUGGGACUGGCCCAGCCAACUACCCUAGGCGCCUUAGGGCUGGUACACUGAGGUGCUGCCAGCUGGGCAUGCUCCACCUCGUGGGCUUGGACAGAUAGACAGUGCUGCCCAGGGAGGCAGAUCCCAGUGGCCAGUGAGGGCUGGACCCACAGAGAUGCAUGUGCAGGCCCAUGUGCACCCCAGGCAGCAGCCUGAGCCCAGCCCUCAGGCCAGGCCUGUGCAUGGGGACGGGACUCUGCCUUUCUCCACACUGGGUGUGCAUGCCCUAGAGAGAGGCUGUUCAGUGUGGUUGCUAUUUGUUUACAUGCAGAUUUUUGUAAUAAAGACUAU